GAUUCAGGACAAGCAUGCCAAAAAAAAGGAAAACAGCUUCCUGACAGGGAAAAAAUGGAAUUGGCUUUAUUAGAUAUUCGGAACCAUGGUAUGAGCAUUCGCAAAGCUGCUAGUGUUUACGGUAUUCCGAAGUCAACUAUUCAAGACCGUGUUAAGGGCAAAGUUGCUGAGUCUACAUAUAGUUUCGGUCCGAAAUCCUAUCUAACGUGCGAGGAGGAGAAAGAAAUAGUUGAGUGGAUUUUGAAUAUGUGCAAAUGUGGGUUCCCUUUGAAAAAGGAUUGUAUUCUUAACACGGUCCAAAAAAUCAUAAAAGAUAGUGGAAGGAGAACCCCAUUCAAAGAUGGUAGACCUGGUCAGACGUGGCUAAAGCUAUUUUUCAAGCGCAACCCUGGACUUUCAAUGAGAGAAGCCGAGUCUAUAAGCAAAGGAAGAGCUGUGGUUACAGAAAUAUCCAUAAGGCAAUGGUUCUUUGAACUAACCGAAUAUCUAAAAGAUAUAAAUAGCGAGGAUGUUUUGCAAGACCCUUCACGUGUAUUUAAUGGCGACGAAUCAA